AUGGCUGACAAUAAACUACAGGAUGCCGUGACUAAAAUGGUGAACCGCCUGGAUCGUAAUUUCCUGCGUACGAUGCAACGUGAUGGCUACUUAUGUGCAGCUAAAGUAUUGGAGAACAAGAACUUGUCAUCGGAUCAAUUGGCCGCUGCCGUGGAACGCUGUCAAAUGCCAACGAACCAGUUGAAUCAGUUUAUGCAGCAAGAGAUGCAAAACUUACAGAAUCGUGUCCAGCGUUGCGCUCAGGAUUGUCAGGACAAGGCAAAGGAUUCGUUACCGACCAGUGGAAAUCCUAGUGAGUCACAGAUUGCUCACGCUCAAAAGGACAUGGAGAAGUGCGUGAACCGCUGCGUGGACAUGUACGUGAAGCUGCUGCCCACCAUUAGCUCACGUAUUGAGCAGGCCGUUGCUCAAGUCAAGCAGCAGCAGCAAUAG